GUACGUAUCGGUUUGGUUAUAUGACUCACUACUCAUAUCUCCACUUCCAUAAAAGUUCCUUCUCGUAAUAUAUAAAAAUCAAAUCCUCUUCCUCGCACGCUCGCUCGUUCGAUUUUGGAUCAGAAAAAAAAAAGAAAAAUUUCCUUUCGGAAAUUCCAAUAUUAGUAUCUGCUUCUUCGAUCGUAAUUUGACUUUUUUUUUCGAAUUUGAUUUUUGAUCUCUUUAGUUUUUGAUCAUCAAUGGCGACCGCUUCCUCUUCUCCGCCUCCAGACUCUCCAAGCGAAGAGACACAGACGAAUCAAGAAGCGAUGCAGCAAGAUAUGGUUAAGGAAACCACGGAGGAGGUCACCUACAAGACGAAAUCGAUUCAGUUCCUUGGACGAAACACGCCCAUCAUUCUCCAAAACGAAAAUGGACCUUGCCCUCUAUUAGCCAUUUGUAAUGUUCUACUCUUGAGAAACAACUUGAAUCUUAAUCCUGACUGUUACGAGGUUUCUCAGGAGAGAUUGAUGAUUGAUGAUUUCGAGUUCACACCUGAGUGUGCAAUCUUUGAUUUACUUGACAUUCCCUUAUAUCACGGAUGGAUAGUUGAUCCGCAGGAUGUUGAAGCGGCUAAUGCAAUUGGAAGCAAGUCAUAUAAUGCUCUAAUGGGUGAGCUCGUUGCACUGGAGACGCAGAAUGUAGAGGCUCGAGAAGGCGAUCAAAAUCCUGGAGAAGAUUCUGUUGAUUUUGCUGCGGCAACCACUGCAGCUUUAGGGGUUCCUUCACCAUGUCUUUCGAAAACAAGGUCUUUUGAUGAGUCUCCACCUGCAGCUGCAGAGCUUCGUAGACUGAGAAAGGGAGAUCUUGAAGAAGAAACAGAGUUACUGCAAGCCUUGCAAUUAUCACAGGGGCAGGGAAACGAUCCAGCACCGAACACUCACGGUGACACAACCAGUCUAGACUCUGCAUUCACGUUUUCAGAUGCAAAUCAAACUACCACCCAUGGUGACAAUAUCUACCACCUCGAACAGUUCAAAUCUGAUGAUAUUAGUUGCAGAUCCCAGCAUGACGAUGUACCUGAUGCUUUAACCUCACCUGUAUCUUCUGACGAACCCAUGUAUGAAGGUGAGGAAUGUGUAAACGCAGUGGCUCCACUUUGUGCAGACAAAGAACCUGUAUAUGAAGGUGAGUCACUUCUUGGUAAAAGGGCUGAGAAGACUGUUGGUGACUGUUCUUCUGAAGGGAAAUCUACUGAUGGGCUCACAGCAGAAGAAGGUGAACUAAUCAGGAACUUCAUGAAGAAUAGUGCCAGUCAAUUAACCUUUUGCGGACUCUUUCGCUUGCAAGAAGGUCUCAAAGAACGUGAACUAUGUGUUUUCUUCCGCAACAACCAUUUCUGCACCAUGUUCAAGUAUGAAGGUGAACUUUAUCUUUUGGCUACAGAUCAAGGUUACCUGAAUCAGCCUGAUUUGGUUUGGGAAAAGCUAAACGAGGUUAAUGGCGACACUGCAUUCAUGACUGCUACCUUCAAGGACUUCAAGAUUGACAGCAGCACGACUGGUGCAAGUGGCACAUGGGAUGAACGAAACGCAGUUACAAAUACUGCUGAUUAUCUUGCGAGCAUCAAUAAUGUGGCAGACACAGGCAUUGAUGUCAACUCUGAUCUACAACUGGCGAUAGCUUUGCAACAGCAAGAGUUUGAGGACCAGAGCCCACGGAGUAACCCAACUCCACAGCCAACAAGUCUUGGUGCUUCACGACUCAUCACUGGUCCUCAGGUACCAAGGAGCAGCCACAGGCCAUCAUCAGCUGCAGCAUCGUCUUCAAAACACGAAGGCAAAUCCUCUAAAGAUAGCAAAUGUAGAAUCAUGUAAAUCCUUAUGCCACUUUUGUAAAUUUCCAACUUUUUUUUUCCUUUUAAAAAGCUUUUCUUUUUUUAGUUUAUCUGGUUUUAACAACACAAUGACGUAAUAAACUGUAAUUGCGCUUUGCUAAAAAAAUACUAAUAUUUUUGUUGCUCAUAAAUUAGAGCUUUUUUAAUCCUUGUGAUUAUGUAUGGGAGACUGAUUAAUGUUUGAGUACAGUGUUCUUUGGCUUAAAUGGUUUAUAAAUUGGUUCGGU